UUGAUUUCCGGACACAUGGGACCCACUUCAGACACACACACAUACACACUCCGCUUCAUUAACAGCAACAGGUGCACAUCUCAGUGCUUGAUUGGCGUGCAGGCGGGCCACUCGCGCACCCCCUUACCCCGCCCCCUGCACCUUUUUUGGGCCAGAACCCGACACUGGGGGUCAUGUGUGCCACCGCUUAGCACCAAAGGAGCAGAGGAGUGGGAGCAGUCCAGCAGAGUCCAUCAGAUCUCGUUGAUCUUUUUCAGCGGCACCAUGACGACGCUCGAGAGCCACAUGACGUACACCAUCCACAAUGAGCAGACGUACAUGACCCAGGAGGAUGACUGGGACCGGGACCUGCUGCUCGACCCCGCCUGGGAGAAGCAGCAGAGGAAGACAUUCACAGCUUGGUGCAACUCUCACCUGAGGAAGGCUGGCACGCAGAUUGAGAAUAUUGAGGAGGAUUUCAGAAAUGGCCUAAAGCUGAUGUUGCUUCUGGAGGUCAUAUCGGGUGAGAGGCUUCCCAAACCAGACAAAGGCAAGAUGCGCUUCCACAAGAUCGCUAACGUAAACAAAGCUCUGGACUUCAUCUGCAGCAAAGGCGUCAAGCUGGUAUCCAUCGGUGCCGAGGAAAUUGUUGAUGGAAACGGGAAGAUGACUCUUGGAAUGAUUUGGACCAUCAUCCUACGCUUUGCUAUCCAGGACAUUUCUGUUGAAGAGACGUCCGCUAAGGAGGGUCUGCUGCUGUGGUGUCAGAGGAAGACCGCUCCCUACAGGAACGUCAAUGUGCAGAACUUCCACAUCAGCUGGAAGGACGGCCUGGCUCUGUGUGCCCUCAUCCACAGACACAGACCUGACCUCAUCGACUACUCCAAACUGAGAAAGGACGAUCCCAUCGGCAAUCUGAACACAGCCUUUGAAGUGGCUGAGAAGUUCCUGGACAUCCCAAAGAUGUUGGAUGCUGAAGACAUUGUCAACACGCCCAAACCCGACGAGAAAGCCAUCAUGACUUACGUGUCCUGCUUCUACCACGCUUUCGCUGGCGCCGAGCAGGCUGAGACCGCCGCCAACCGGAUCUGCAAGGUCCUGGCUGUUAACCAAGAGAAUGAGAAGCUGAUGGAGGAGUACGAGAAGCUGGCCAGCGAGCUUCUGGAGUGGAUCCGCCGCACCAUUCCCUGGCUGGAAAACCGCGUGGCCGAGCAGACAAUGCGCGCCAUGCAGCAGAAGCUGGAGGACUUCCGCGACUAUCGCCGCGUGCACAAGCCACCGCGCGUGCAGGAGAAGUGUCAGCUGGAGAUCAACUUCAACACCCUGCAGACCAAACUGAGGCUGAGCAACAGGCCCGCCUUUAUGCCGUCUGAGGGCAAGAUGGUGUCGGACAUUGCCAACGCCUGGAAGGGUCUGGAGCAAGUGGAGAAGGGCUAUGAGGAGUGGCUGCUCACUGAGAUCCGCCGCCUGGAGAGACUGGAUCACCUGGCUGAGAAGUUCAAGCAAAAGUGCAACAUGCACGAGGCCUGGACUGCAGGUAAGGAGGGCCUGCUGUCUCAGAAGGACUAUGAGUCGGCGUCCCUGAUGGAAAUCCGAGCCCUGAUGAGGAAGCAUGAGGCCUUUGAGAGCGACCUCGCUGCCCACCAGGACCGCGUGGAGCAGAUCGCCGCAAUCGCACAGGAACUUAACGAGCUGGACUACCACGAUGCGGCCACCGUCAACUCCCGCUGUCAGGGCAUCUGUGACCAGUGGGACAACCUGGGCACGCUGACCCAGAAGAGGCGGGACGCUCUGGAGCGCGUGGAAAAGCUAUGGGAGACCAUCGACCAGUUGUACUUGGAGUUCGCAAAGAGGGCGGCGCCCUUCAACAACUGGAUGGACGGAGCUAUGGAGGACCUGCAGGACAUGUUUAUCGUUCACAGCAUUGAAGAGAUUCAGACUCUGAUUACCGCCCACGACCAGUUCAAGGCCACGCUGCCAGAGGCCGACAAGGAGCGCAUGGCCACGCUGGGCAUUCACACCGAAAUUGUGAAGAUAGCUCAAACGUACGGAAUCAAACUGUCCGGAAUCAACCCGUACACCAACUUGUCCUCCCAGGACAUCAGCACAAAAUGGGACACGGUCAAACACCUGGUGCCCCUCAGAGACCAAAUGCUGCAGGAGGAGGUGGCCCGCCAGCAAGCCAACGAGAGGCUCCGACGCCAGUUCGCUGCCCAGGCCAACAUCAUCGGACCCUGGAUCCAAACCAAGAUGGAGGAGAUCAGCCACGUGUCUGUGGACAUCGCUGGCUCUCUGGAGGAACAGAUGAACAGCCUGAAGCAAUAUGAGCAGAACAUCAUCAACUACAAGUCCAACAUCGACAAGCUGGAAGGCGACCACCAGUUGAGCCAGGAGUCGCUCAUCUUUGACAACAAGCACACCAACUACACCAUGGAGCACAUCCGCGUGGGCUGGGAGCAGCUGCUCACCACCAUUGCAAGAACCAUCAACGAGGUGGAGAACCAGAUCCUGACCAGAGACGCCAAGGGCAUUAGCCAAGAGCAACUUAACGAGUUCAGGGCGUCCUUCAACCACUUUGACAGGAAGAGAAACGGCAUGAUGGACCCAGACGACUUCCGCGCCUGCCUCAUCUCUAUGGGCUACGACCUGGGGGAGGUGGAGUUCGCACGCAUCAUGACCCUGGUGGACCCCAACAACACAAACGUGGUCACGUUCCAAGCUUUCAUCGACUUCAUGACCCGAGAAACCGCAGAAACCGACACCGCCGAGCAAGUCAUGGCUUCCUUCAAGAUUUUGGCUUCAGACAAGAACUACAUCACAGUGGAAGAGCUGCGCCGCGAGCUUCCGCUCGAGCAGGCUGAGUACUGCAUCAGCCGCAUGACCCGCUACGUCGGAGCCGACAGCCCGCCAGGUGCCCUGGACUACAUCUCUUUCUCCAGCGCCCUUUAUGGGGAGAGCGACUUGUAAAGAACCUCAGUGAGGUGACCGGGAGGUGUGGCGCCCCCUGUCCUUAAAGAAGGAAAUCAACCUUUGUUGUACUUGUGCAGCCGCAUGUUUACACUUGUUGUGUAGAGCCCCUCACACACACAAAUACACACAAACACAACACAGUGGGUCUGGAGGAGGGAUGAGAGCAGCGAUGUCAUGUUCAGAUGCAAAGUAUUGUGGGUAACUACAGGUGUAAAUAAAGUGGCAUGGGGAAUGAAGAGAAAUGGAGCCUCUUUUUGGAGUCUUAACGAGCACGAGCGCUAACGAGAUGCAUCAUCGGAAAGGUUGUGACGAUGGUACGUGGGCCUGACCUCGUUGUCGAGCCAGUUGCUGAAGUGUGACCUUCGUCUGUGCUCCUCCUCCUCCGGAAAAUAAACUUGAAAUAAAACCUGUCACAUUUUAA